AUGGGAACAUGGAGAAGGCAGCUAAAGGCUAUGCUCCGCAAAAAUUGGCUCCUCAAAACUCGCCAUCCCUUCGUUACUUCUGCCGAGAUUUUGCUUCCGACUGUUGUAAUGUUGUUGUUGAUAGCCGUGAGGACACGUGUUGACACCACAAUUCACCCCGCUCACUCGAACAUAGAGAAAGAUACGUUGGUCCAAGUGGGAGAAGGUAUCUCUCCCAGUUUCCCUCAAGUGUUGGAGCUUCUGCUUGCUGAGGGGGAGUUUUUAGCUUUUGCACCUGACACCGAUGAAACACAGAACAUGAUCGACAUUUUGUCUCUUAAGUUUCCUGAACUGCCGCUGGUUACUAGAAUUUUUGAAGAUGACAUUGAGCUGGAAAACUAUAUCACCUCUGCGCAUUAUGCUGUCUGCAGCGAUGUGAGGAAUUGUUCGAAUCCAAAAUUAAAAGGAGCAGUGGUAUUCCAUGAACAAGGACCUAAUUUAUAUGAUUAUAGCAUCCGCUUGAACCACACAUGGGCAUUGGCAGGAUUCCCUAAUGUUAAGUCGAUCAUGGACACAAAUGGACCUUAUAUCAAUGAUCUGGAAAUGGGGAUUAAUACCAUACCAACAAUGCAAUACAGCUUCAGUGGAUUCUUGACUCUUCAGCAGGUGGUGGACUCUUUCAUUAUAUUUGCUUCUCAGCAAAACAGAGACUUGCCAUUAGCACAUUCAUCUGUUGGUUCAGCUUUACCCUUUGAUCUGCCAUGGACUCUGUUUAGCCCGUCAAAGAUAAGAAUGGUUCCAUUUCCAACCCGUGAAUACACUGAUGAUGAGUUUCAAUCUAUUGUCAAAAGCGUAAUGGGAUUGUUGUACCUUCUGGGAUUUCUGUAUCCAAUCUCUCGGCUUAUCAGCUACUCUGUCUUUGAGAAGGAACAGAAAAUAAGAGAAGGACUUUACAUGAUGGGCUUACAGGAUGAGAUUUUCCAUUUGUCGUGGUUUAUCACUUAUGCAUUGCAGUUCGCAUUAUGCGCCGGGGUUAUUACAGCUUGUACGAUGGGAAGUCUCUUUAAGUAUAGUGAUACGACAUUAGUCUUCACAUACUUCUUUCUAUUUGGGGUCAGCGCAAUCAUGCUCUCAUUUCUAAUAUCAACAUUUUUCACUCGAGCUAAGACAGCUGUCGCAGUUGGGACUCUGGCCUUUCUCGGAGCCUUCUUCCCUUAUUACACUGUUAACGAUGAAUCUGUGUCCACGGUAUUGAAAGUUGUUGCUUCUUUGCUUUCACCUACUGCAUUUGCUCUUGGAUCAAUCAACUUUGCUGAUUACGAGCGUGCACAUGUUGGACUUCGUUGGAGCAAUAUAUGGCUGGCAUCGUCUGGAGUAAGUUUUUUUGUCUGCCUCUUGAUGAUGCUGCUCGACUCUAUUCUGUACUGCGCUAUUGGUCUUUAUCUGGACAAGGUCCUUCCCAGGGAAAAUGGUGUGCGGUACCCAUGGAAUUUUAUCUUUAACAAGUACUUUGGGAGGAAGAAAAACAACCAAUAUCGCAUUCCAGGUCUCAAAACUAAUAUAGAGGUUACUCAGAGAGAGCCUUUUGAUCCUGUUAUUGAAUCAAUAAGCCUGGAAAUGAGGCAGCAAGAGCUUGAUGGGAGGUGCAUACAAAUUAAAAAUCUGCAUAAGGUCUUUGCGUCAGGAAGGGGGAAUUGCUGUGCAGUUAAUUCAUUGCGACUAACAUUGUACGAGAACCAGAUACUUUCACUUCUGGGACAUAAUGGGGCUGGUAAAAGCACAACAAUAUCAAUGCUUGUUGGCCUUCUUCCUCCAACGUCUGGUGAUGCACUGAUAUUUGGAAACAGUAUCAUAGCAAACAUGGAUGAGAUACGAAAAGAACUAGGUGUGUGCCCUCAGCAUGACAUCCUCUUUCCAGAACUGACAGUUAGAGAACACUUGGAGAUGUUUGCGGCUCUUAAAGGUGUUAAGGAAGAGUCCGUAAAGAGCACUGUCGCUGAUAUGGCAGAAGAAGUGGGGUUGUCUGAUAAAAUUAGUACACUAGUGCGCGCACUUUCCGGAGGCAUGAAGAGGAAAUUAUCACUUGGAAUCGCAUUGAUAGGGAACAGUAAGGUGAGAAGGAAACACAAAGGCAUACUAUUUUGCAAGUUUCUCUUGAUUGUUGUCGUUGAAUGCUUUAUCUUUCAGGUGAUUAUUCUCGAUGAACCAACCAGUGGAAUGGAUCCUUACUCAAUGCGUCUUACUUGGCAAUUGAUUAAGAAAAUUAAAAAGGGCAGAAUAAUAUUGCUAACAACGCAUUCCAUGGAUGAAGCUGAAGAACUUGGAGAUCGGAUAGGAAUCAUGGCUAACGGGUCUCUUAAGUGUUGUGGCAGCUCCAUGUUCCUGAAGCAUCACUAUGGGGUUGGUUACACUCUUACGCUAGUAAAGACUUCUCCAGCUGUCUCUGUUGCCGCAAAUAUAGUUCAUCGUCACAUUCCAUCAGCAACCUGCGUGAGUGAGGUGGGAAACGAAAUCUCUUUCAAGCUUCCUUUGGCAUCCUUGCCUUGCUUUGAAAAUAUGUUCAGAGAAAUUGAGAGUUGCAUGAAGAGUUCUGUUGACAGAUCUAGGAUUAGUGAGAUUGAGGACUCAGAUUAUCCUGGUAUUCAGAGUUAUGGUAUUUCUGUCACGACACUUGAAGAGGUGUUUCUGAGAGUUGCUGGCUGUAACUUAGAUAUCGAGGAUAAGCAGGAAGAUACAUUUGUUUUUCCUGAUACCGAGGCUUCUUUGGUGUGCGUUGAGUCUGUUCAGAAAAGCACUAUCCAACCUAAAUUACUAGUAAGUUGUAAUGAGGGCGCUGGAGUUAUUAUUACCUCAAUUGGAAAAGCUUGCAGAUUAAUCGUUGCUGCAGUUUGGACUUUCAUUGGAUUCAUUAGCAUGCAAUGUUGUGGUUGUUCCGUUAUCUCAAGGUCAAUGUUUUGGCGGCAUUGCAAAGCAUUAUUCAUUAAAAGAGCAAGAUCUGCUUUCAGAGACCGCAAAACAGUGGCGUUCCAGCUCAUCAUCCCAGCAGUUUUCUUACUCUUUGGCCUUCUUUUACUUCAGCUCAAGCCACAUCCUGAUCAGAAUUCCAUUACUUUGACAACUGCCUAUUUUAAUCCUCUCUUGAGUGGCAAUGGAGGUGGUGGUCCGAUUCCUUUUGAUCUAUCUGAGCCAAUUGCCAAAGAGGUUGCAGAAUAUAUUGAAGGAGGCUGGAUUCAGCCCUUGAUGAAUAGUUCAUAUAAGUUUCCUAAUCCUAAAGAGGCAUUGGCUGAUGCAAUUGAUGCAGCAGGUCCCACGUUGGGCCCCACUCUACUUUCUAUGAGUGAAUUUCUGAUGUCUAGUUUUGAUCAGUCAUACGAGUCAAGGUAUGGGGCAAUUUUAAUGGAUAGUCAGCAUCCUGAUGGGAGUGUAGGAUAUACCGUGUUACACAACAGUACUUGCCAGCAUGCUGGUCCUAUCUACAUCAAUGUUAUGCAUGCUGCGCUUCUCCGACUUGCUAGUGGUAACAAGAAUAUGACAAUUCAAACGCGAAACCAUCCUUUGCCUCAAACAAAAAGUCAGCGCUUACAGCGUCAUGAUUUGGACGCCUUCUCCGCUGCAAUUAUUGUAAGCAUUGCAUUCUCAUUCAUCCCGGCCUCCUUUGCAGUUCCCAUUGUUAAGGAGCGAGAGGUGAAAGCAAAGCACCAACAGCUUAUUAGUGGGGUUUCUGUUUUUUCAUACUGGUUGUCAACGUACGUAUGGGAUUUCGUCAGUUUCUUAUUUCCGUCAACAUUUGCAAUAAUCCUCUUCUACGCUUUUGGUCUGGAGCAGUUUAUCGGAAUAGGUCGGUUUCUGCCGACUGUCCUGAUGCUCCUGGAGUAUGGCUUGGCAAUUGCAUCAUCAACGUAUUGUCUUACAUUUUUCUUCACCGAGCAUAGCAUGGCACAGAAUGUUAUUCUUAUGGUCCACUUCUUCUCUGGUCUUAUCUUAAUGGUUAUCUCAUUUGUCAUGGGCCUUAUUCCAGCGACUGUUAAUGCAAACUCAUAUCUAAAGACCUUCUUCAGACUAUCACCAGGAUUUUGCUUCUCUGAUGGAUUGGCUUCAUUAGCUCUUCUAAGGCAGGGGAUGAAAGACAAAUCCAGCCAUGGGGUGUUUGAUUGGAAUGUUACUGGAGCUUCCAUCUCAUACCUAGCUUUGGAGAGUAUAUUCUACUUCCUUUUGACGCUUGGGCUUGAGCUCUUGCCUGUUCAAAAAGUGAUGUCUUUCUCAAUUGGGGAGUGGUGGCAGAAUUUUAAAGUUUAUAAGCAAGGUGCUGGUUCUAGUUCUACAGAGCCGCUUCUCAAGGAUUCGACUGGAGUCAUUUCCCCUGAUGUGGAGGAUGAUAUAGACGUGCUAGAGGAAAGAGACAGGGUAAUUUCAGGGUUGACAGACAACACCAUAUUCUACUUGCAAAACCUGACAAAGGUCUAUCCUGGUUCCAAUCAUCACGGCCCAAAAGUAGCUGUACAGUCUUUGACUUUCUCGGUCCAAGCAGGAGAAUGUUUUGGCUUCUUAGGGACGAAUGGAGCUGGGAAGACUACUACCUUAUCUAUGUUAUCUGGAGAAGAAACACCAACUAGUGGAACUGCCUUUGUCUUUGGCAAAGACAUAGUAGCGAGUCCCAAAGCUAUCCGUCAGCAUAUUGGCUACUGCCCCCAGUUUGAUGCUUUGUUCGACUAUUUGACUGUUAAGGAGCACCUUGAACUUUAUGCAAGGAUCAAAGGAGUGGUAGACUAUAGAAUUGAUAAUGUGGUUAUGGAAAAGUUAGUCGAGUUUGACUUGUUGAAGCAUUCUCACAAGCCAUCGUUCACUCUUAGCGGCGGAAACAAACGCAAACUAUCCGUUGCUAUUGCAAUGAUUGGAGAUCCUCCCAUUGUCAUCCUUGAUGAACCAUCUACAGGUAUGGAUCCUGUUGCCAAAAGAUUCAUGUGGGAUGUGAUAUCCCGCUUGUCGACAAGGAGUGGAAAGACAGCUGUUAUUUUGACUACUCACAGCAUGAAUGAAGCUCAAGCGCUUUGCACUAGGAUCGGGAUCAUGGUUGGAGGCCGCCUUAGAUGCAUAGGUAGUCCACAACACUUAAAGACACGCUUCGGAAACCACCUUGAGUUAGAGGUUAAACCCAAUGAAGUGAGCCAUGUGGACUUGGAGAACCUUUGUCAGAUGAUUCAGCAGUGGCUGUUUAACGUUCCUUCCCAGCCUAGAAGUUUGCUUGGUGACCUCGAAGUUUGUAUCGGUGUCUCUGACUCUAUAACUCCUGAUACGGCUUCAGCAUCAGAAAUCAGUUUGUCACCAGAAAUGAUACGAAGCAUUGCCAAGUAUCUUGGUAAUGAGCAGAGAGUGAGUAUUCUAGUACCUCUCAUGCCUGAGGAAGAUGUUGGAUCCGAUGAACAGUUAUCAGAACAGCUCUUUCGAGAUGGUGGUAUUCCACUGCCAAUAUUUGCGGAAUGGUGGCUUACCAAAGAAAAGUUUUCAGCAUUGGAUUCUUUCAUACAGUCUUCGUUUCCAGGUGCAACAUUUAAGAGCUGCAAUGGAUUGAUCAUUAAAUACCAGUUACCAUUUGGAGAAGAAGGAUUGUCACUUGCAGAUGCCUUUGGACACCUUGAAAGAAACCGGAAUCAGUUGGGAAUAGCUGAAUACAGUAUAAGUCAGUCCACACUUGAGACCAUAUUCAACCAUUUUGCAGCUAACUCAUAA